AUGGGUCAGGAGACUAUCACUUUGGCCUCUGGCAAGCAGAUGCCGCUGGUCGGCUUCGGUCUGUGGAAGGUCCCCAAGGAUACUUGCGCCGAGACCGUCUACAACGCUAUCAAGACCGGCUACAGGCUGUUCGAUGGCGCCUACGACUACCAGAACGAGAAGGAGGCCGGUGAGGGUAUCCGGAGGGCCAUCAGCGAGGGUCUGGUGAAGCGCGAGGACAUCUUCGUCACCACCAAGCUCUGGAACAACUACCACCGCAAGGACAUUGCCAUCGACAUGAUGCGCAAGCAGAACGAGGUCUGGGGUCUGGGCUACAUCGACCUCUUCCUCAUUCACUUCCCCGUCCCGCUCAAGUACAUUGAGCCCGAGAAGCGCCCCUACCCCGGCUGGUGGAUGGACGAGGCCGGCACCAUUGAGCCCGACAGGGUUCCCGCCCGCGAGACCUGGGAGGCUCUCGAGCAGAUCGUCGACGAGGGCAUUGCGAAGAGCAUCGGCGUCAGCAACUUCUCCGCCCAGCUCAUCCUCGACCUUCUGACCUACAACCGUCACCCUCUCUCGUCUCUGCAGAUCGAGCACCACCCCUACCUGGUUCAGCCUGAGCUCAUCAAGCUCGUCCAGGAGCACAAGAUUGCCGUCACUGCCUACUCCAGCUUCGGUCCCCAGAGCUUCCUGGAGCUGAAGAUGCAGCGUGCUGAGGACGCCCCUCUUCUCUUCGACCACGAUGUCAUCAAGAGCAUCGCCUCCAAGCACAACGUGACCCCCGCCCAGGUUCUGCUCCGCUGGUCCACCCAGCGCGGCAUUGCCGUCAUUCCCAAGUCCAACAGCAAGGACCGUCUCAAGCAGAACCUCGAGGUCAACGGCUUCGACCUGACCAACGACGAGAUUGAGAGCAUCUCUGCCAUCAACAAGAACCUGAGGUUCAACGACCCCGGCUACUACCUCGACAAGCCGCUCAGGAUUUUCGCUUAA